CCAGACUGGGUAAUUUCCAGUGAACAGAUGUUCUCCAGCAGAAUGAGUGUGAACCAGUCCAGCCUGCUGUAUGGACAGCUGGAGGAGCUGCAGGAGCUCGCCUUCAUCGAGAGGCCGAUCCGCAGGAGUCUCAAGACGGCCGAGGAGAUUGAUCAGCUGACUGUGGAUGAAGACCUGAAUGACAUUGAGAGAGCUGUCUACCUGCUCAGUGUGGGUCAGGAGGUGCAGAGAGCAAGCGUCAUUAGUAACCUUCCGAGUCUCGUUCGCCAGAAUCCAGCUGAGACUUUUCGUCGGGUCGUACCAAAAGUCCGGGAGGCCCUGAACGGAUGCGGAGCUGAAAUCCAGCUGGCAGCAGCAGCAUCGUUUCUAACUAUCCUACAGGACGACAUCAUCCUGAUCCACACCCACACGUACUCCAUCCUGAAGACAGUCCUACUGCACCUGAACCACAGAGACACAGUUGUGAGCAACGCCUGGUUGGAGACUCUGCUGUCGGCCAUCAAUGCUUUACCCAAGGAAACCAUCAAACAGGAGGUGCUGAACCCUCUCCUGUAUCAGUCUCAGCUGUCUCACUCUCUUCAGGCUCGUCUGGCCAGCUGUCGCAUUUUGGGAAAAGUGGCCUGCAAGUUUGAUUCCCACAUAGUGAGGAUGGAGCUGCUGCCAUUGGCUCGGUCUUUAUGUCAGGAUGUUGAGUUUGAGGUCCGAGCCUGUAUGUGCCGUCAGCUGGAGAGCAUUGCCAGAGCGACUGGGGUGGACGACACCAGGAUGGAGCUGCUUCCUGAACUUGUGGAGCUCGCUGGAGAUGAGGAGAGCAGCGUCCGCCUCGCUGCCUUUGACACCAUCAUCAACCUGAUGGAGAUGAUUGACAGUGAUGACAGACUCCAUGUAGUGGUUCCUCUGGUGAUGUCAGUGUGCGAGGCAUCAUCGCAGGCGGAUGAAGCUGUCGUGGCGUCUUUGUCGUUCCAGUUUGGGAGGCUCUGCAGUGGACUGACAGGGUCUCUGUCAGAUGAGCAGAGGGGCCGGUUGCUGCAGAGGUUUAAGGUGCUGUGUGUAGCCGGUCUACAGACUGAAGGAAACCAGAUUGACAUCAACAACGAGUCUAAGUUGAUCCGCUGCAACUGCUGCUACAACCUACCGGCCAUGGUGAUGUUUGCUGACUCCACCCACUUCCUGUCAGAGCUCUACCCAUCGUUCUCCAGUCUUUGUUGUGACCCAGAAGUCAGUGUUCGACGAAGUGCUGCAGCCAGUUUCCACCAGGUGGUGAAGCUGCUCGGUUCAAACGUCCAGGUGGUCCACAAAGAGCUUUUGGUCCUACUGCAGGACGACGCUCUGGAGGUGCUGGAUGCACUGAUGAAUCACCUGGAAGAAACUCUGGAGGCAGUUCUGUCCAGAGGAGAGAACCUGACGCUGGACAACAAGUUCCCAGAACUGCUGACGGCCCUGUUGUUGGCAGAGCAGAAGGUUGGUUCUUCUCUGCGUUGGCGGCUGCAUGAAAAACUGCUGCAGCGUUACAGCUGCCUGGCCAGACUGCUGCCUGGAGAACUGCUGCACCAGAGCUUCUCCCCUCGCAUCUUCAUCAUCCUCACCACCAAUAAGGUGUUGCCUGUGCAGAAGGAGGCAGCUCGGACGUUUUGCAUAUUCCUCCGCUACAAUCGCAAACAGGAGCAGCGCCAGGAGAUGAUGGAGCGACUGAUCCAAGAUCUGGCCCAGGGUCGGAGCUACUGGAACCGUCUGAGGUUCCUUGAUGUUUGUGAAAUGGCCUCUGAGAUUUUCUCCAGAAAAUACUUCAACAAACACUUCCUGAGUCCGGCACUGGAGCUGGUCCACGACCCCGUCGCCAACGUUAGGUACAAGCUGUGCCAGUUGUUGCCCAGGUUACGUUCGUCGCUCCGUCUGCCAGCUGAUAAACAACUGCUGCAGCAACUCGACUUCUGUGUCCAGAAACUUUUAUGCAGAGAGAAAGACAAGGACGUGGUGGCAACCAUUCGCAAGACAGUGUUGGAACUGGACAAACUGGACCUCACAGAACCUUUUCAUAAGAGGCAGGAGAGGGAUUUACUGGACCAGAAAAAGGAGAAGGAGGAGACUCUGCUGCUGGAGAUGGAACAGCUGGAGCGACAGCAGAGCGAAGGGAAACUCAACUCUGAAAAACAUACAGAGAGAAAACGAAGGGAAAGCAAGACCAUUCUCUCUGCAACCAAAUCCAUGUCCGUGUCCUCAUCUGGAGCCGCCUUGUCCUCUGGUAAGGAGAUGAGGAAGGCUAAACUGUCACGGAGUCGAUCCCUCAGCAGUCAGCCAACAACAUCUAAAACCGCCAACUCAGAUAGACCUGUGAAGGUUAAGGAGCUGAGUGGUACAUCUGGAUCUGGGAAGUCCUCCAUGAUUCAGAGCAAAGAUGACUCCCUAAGGACUGUCCACUUCACCAUGGCAACUCAGUCCACCUCCUCCAUGCCAGUCCUGAUCCGCAGCAACACCACCAGCCUCCUGGACAGGGCUAGUACGCUGGACCACAGAACUAGUUCCAUGGACCACAGGGCCAGUUCCAUAGAGCAGAGAGACCAUAGAACUGGCACACUGGACCAUAGAACCAGUAACAUGGACCACAGGAACAAUAUGGUGGACCAUAGAACUGCUGCAAUGGACCACAGGACCAAUACCUUGGACCAGAGAGACCACAGAAGUAGUACCUUGGACCAUAGGACCAGUACCAUUGACCAGAGAGACCAUAGAACCAGUACCUUGGACCAGAGAGACCAUAGAAUCAGUACUGUGGACCAGAGAGACCAUAGGACCAGUACUUUGGAUCAGAGAGAUCAUAGGAGCAGUACCUUGGACCAGCGCAGUAAAACAAUGGACCGGGGAUGCGGAGUCAAGGAGAGCCAGUCCAGAAAGCUGUCGAUAAACAGGAAGUCGAACUCUUUCAGUGUCCAGUCGGGUCGAGACUGAAGAUGAUGAUGUCAGCAUACCUCCAACAGGCCAUUAGCCAAUCAGCAGUCAGGGAGCACUUUCAGGACAUUACCCAGAAUGCAACAGGACAUCAUCUCUGCCUGACAGUGACAAACAGAGACAGUAGAGCCUAACCUCUAUUUGUAUCUACUGAACACUGUGUAUUCUAAUAAUCGCAUCCUGUCACCUGAUUGGUUCAGUAAAUUCCACACAUUUAAACUGUGUCUGUGUUCUUAUUGGUCGGUGGUUUCAACUGCUAAUGUGUGACUGGUUGGAUGAUUGCUGACAUUACAGGGAAGGUGUUACAUUCUGUUAGACCAGGUCUAAUAACGUCUGAUCAUCUAGUCAUCAUCACAGAGUCUCCACGGUAACCUGCCCCUGCUCACCACCAGAGAUCCAACAGUCUCUUCAGUGUCCUUGAGUCUGUCCGACUGUCAGGCUGAAACAUCUCUACAGAUGUGAUGAUCCUGUUAACUGAUUCUCUAAUACAUUCAUUGAAGAGUUUUUAAUAAGACUGAACCAAUCAGCUCUCAAAUCAGUCACAGCCAGGUUUUUUCCAGCAUGCACUGAGCUGAGUACCUAACCCUGCAGCUGUGCUGAUGCCAUGAGGUUAAGGCUACUGAUGUCAGCAUGACAUCACAGCAGGUCAUGAUUGCAUCCGACAGAAAUAUACUAGAAUGCAGUCAUUGAACGAU